AAGCCGAGGAUAGGGCUGCCGGUCGAGGUGUGGGGGUCGCGGUACCUGUUUGGGCUCGGUGGCCGCGGGCGGCGGCGGGGGCACCGCCUGCACGGGUCCGGCCGGCAUGACUGCGACGCUCAGGGCUGCCAGUCCGCCUCGCUGAAGGUGAGCGGUGCUGCGUCAAAGCAGCUCCCCGCACGGACGAUACAACAAGCUCGCAAGAUGGCGGCGUCCGAGAGACUCGACGCCAAGGAGGAGGAGCUGACGCACUUCCGGGACCGCCCCUUAUUCAUGAUGCAACUUCCUGCUCCCGCCCUGGAGUGAUCAGCGCGAGACGCCGUUGCCAUGGCAGCGAUCGAGGCACCCAGCUAGGAUUUGUGGGGGUUCCCCGGAGCCCUAGGCGCGUCGGGGGGCAGUUCCAUGAGCCGACCAGACCACAGGGGCUGAGGCUGCGACGCAGGAUCCUGGGGAGACGUUCUACAUCACCCACCGGACGCUCUCCGCACGCACCCCACGGCCCUGGCCCCCCCUCUCCUUUACUUUAAAGGUUCCACCCUCUGCCUUCCAUGGUCCCGCCCUCAAGCCCCGUGGACCGUCUCGAAUCAAGACUUCUUUAAGCUCCGUCCCUCACUCCCAAAGGUUGAAGAGCUACUUAGUGCCAGCUCUGCACUAGAGACUGGAAGCCAGGCACCUGGAUGAGCCUCUGACCUGAACCCCAGAGCCUACAAGCUAGCCUGACAGUCAGACAUCAGCUUCAUAGGCAGGCACCUGUGCAGAGGAAUCACGAGGAUGGCACACCUGCUGGGCAGCCAGUCCUGCAUGGACAAUCUGCGCAAGGACCUCACUGACCUUCAGGGAGCCAUUGUGGACGUGUUCUCUCGUGCUGGGCCUGUGCGCUUCCCCUCCUGGAAGUUCCCUGACCGCGUGGCCUGUGACCUGGACAUGGUGGCCCUGUUAGAGCACUAUGACCACGUGCCAGGUGACCCCGAGUUCACGCAGCUGUCCCAUGCUGUUCUGCUGGAGCUGGUCAUCGACAGGCUCCUGCUGCUGCUUCAGAGCUGUGCAAGCUACUUGGAGAACCUUGGUUUGGAGCAGACGGUGCCCCCUGCCCGGGCUGUGGGGCCCUGCAUGUCUGUGGGGCUCACAGUGCGGCGCUUUUGGAACAGCCUGCUGAAGCUGGGCAUGAUCUAUCAGCAGGCAUCCCCUCAGAAAAGGGUAAACCAAGGUGAGAACCUCACCUCUAAGCCCACAGCCAAGGGCGAACCAGCCAGGAGCCCUGAAUUUGUGACUGCCAAGUUCAUCAAGCCCCCCUCCCCGAUGCCAGACCUGCCCCAGACCUGCCAAGAGCUGGACAGCCUCCCCAUCAGCGUCCCCCUACAGUGUCCAACCAGGACUGCCAAGAACAGUAGGAGCGUUCACUCCCAGACUGUGGAGACAGCGCUGGUGCCCUGCGAUGCAUGCAUCAGUGUCCAGGGCAGCCUGCGGGAGGUGGGCAAGGUGAUCAUCAGCCUGUGUCAGAGCCAGAACUUGCCCUCGUCCUUAGGCCAGUUCCAGCAGUUGGUACAGGACAGCAUGGGCCUCAGGCCACUGCCGGCCACCACCAUGGGCCACUGGGCAGUAGAGCAGAGCAAAGACUUGACACGCCUCACUAAGCACAUAGGUGCCCUCACUCAGCUUGUUGGGCCACUUAGGGCCCAGCUGGAGGAGGCUGAGGGGCAGAAGGAUGGACUGAAGAAGCAGGUGGGCCAGCUGGAACGGGCACUGCAGCAGGAGCAGGGGGAGCGGCGGCGACAGGCGGAUGAGGCUGCACAGCACCUGGUGGAGUGGGAGCAGAACAAGCAGCAACUGCUCAAAGAAACAAGUGACCUCAAGAUGAAGGUGGCCACCCUGGAGGGGGAGCUGGAGCAGCAACAGGAGUCCAUGCAGGCCAUGGAGACAAAGGCCCGGCAGCUUCAAGAGGAGGCUGCGCGCAGGGCAGAGGCCGAGAGGCAAGUGCAGCAGCUGGAGGAGCAGGUGCAACUGCUGGCCGGGCGGCUGGAUGGGGCCAGCCAGCAGAUCCACUGGGCCAGCACAGAGCUGGACAAGGAGAAGGCCCGUAUUGACAGCAUGGUCCGCCACCAGGAGUCCCUGCAGUCCAAACAGCGAGCCCUGCUGCAGCAGCUGGACAGCCUGGACCAGGAGCGUGAGGAGCUGAGGGGCAGCCUGGAUGAGGCCGAGGCCCAGCGGGCCAACAUGGAGGAGCAGCUGCUGAGUGUACAGAGUGAGAGGGAACAGGGACAGAGCCAGGUCUUGGCCCAGCAGGAGCUGCUGCAGAGCCUGCAACGGGAGAAGCAAGGCCUAGAGCAGGCCACGACGGAUCUGCAGCUGACCAUAUCGGAGCUGGAACGCGAGCUUGUGGAGCUGAGGGAGCGGGAGCGGCUGCUGGUGGCCUUCCCAGACCUGCACAGACCCAUUGAAGCCCAGAUCCCAAGCUCUGGCAACGUUACAGACGACAUGGAGAGGCAGGUCCAGGCCAACGACAUCCGCAUCCGAGUCCUGCAGGAGGAGAAUGGGAGGCUCCGGUCUAUGCUGUCCAAAAUUCGGGAGGUAGCUCAGCAGGGGAGCCUAAAGCUGAUCCCGCAGGACCAGCUCUGGGCCCCUCCAAGCAAGGGAAUCCAGAGAGCAGUGCCUGCAGCUCAGGCCCAGAAAGCAUCCCCAGGGCCCCUGGGCAGGCGGCACCUGCCUAGCAGCAGGACACCCAGUGCGGGCCGGACCCUACCAUGCCAGCUCCAGGCAUCCCCACUUCAGCAGUCCUGCAGUCGGCCCAGCAAGUCCUCCCUGGAGGACAUGACCCACUCAACCAACUGUGCUCAGAACCCCAUCCGGGCCUUGGCCAGGCUGAGGAGGAGACUGUCACCAGGCCAGGGACAGGCCAGCCCUGCAUACCAGCCCCAGGAGCGGCCCACAUAGCCUGCUGUGCAGUGGGGCUGGGAGGCAGGUGGCUGGCAACCCAUUCUAUGUAAUAAAGCCCUGGCCAUCUCCCCACAGCAA